AAUACUUUUAUACACGGAAGUAUAAGUGAAAGUAGAAGUAAAAUAGGUAUAACUACACACAAGGUCAAUGCAGCAGCAGACAACUAGUAGAUUUAGUUGUCUGUAGGAAAUGACAACACAUUUACAGUCUAGUAGAUUUAGUUGUCUAUAGGAAAUGACAACACAUUUACAGUCUAGUUUGAUUUGUUUCCUAAUAUCCUUUCAGGUUGUAUUACAAUCAUCCAGUGAUCCACAUAACAUUAGGAUGAACCCUGCUAUUCUCCACUCAGGCGGAGAGAGAAAGAUGAUUAAACGAUAAGCCUUCUGCCGAGGCAGCGUAGCUACAACGCUUGAGCUGGUCCCAUGGAUGAAUCAGAGCGAUCCUGCAUUUUGGGAAUGUAGGAAAAACAUGUCAAAUGAACAUUCAGAAGAAUAACCAGAGGCACAAUGGCAACCACUAAACAGACUGCUGUGAAGUAUGGCAACCACUAAACAGACUGCUGUGAAGUAUGGCGACCACUAAACAGACUGCUGUGAAGUAUGGCGACCACUAAACAGACUGCUGUGAAGUAUGGCGACCACUAAACAGACUGCUGUGAAGUAUGGCGACCACUAAACAGACUGCUGUGAAGUAUGGCAACCACUAAACAGACUGCUGUGAAGUAUGGUAACCACUAAACAGACUGCUGUGAAGUAUGGCGACCACUAAACAGACUGCUGUGAAGUAUGGCAACCACUAAACAGACUGCUGUGAAGUAUGGUAACCACUAAACAGACUGCUGUGAAGUAUGGCAACCACUAAACAGACUGCUGUGAAGUAUGUCACAGAUCGCAGACUGGACCUUAUCAGAGCGCUCAAGGAUCUGACACUUAUUGUUGACAAUCUUCAGCAGCUGAGAGUUUUCCUCAGUGAGGAAGUGGAAGUUAUCAAUAGUAAGGAGACAAGAAGUGACAAAGCCAGAGAAAUACUGGACCGAGUCGUUAAAAAGGGGGAAAGAGCAUGUUGUAAGUUACUGAAGAUUCUGUACAUUACGAGACAGAGGACAUUACCGGAGCCAUCAUCUGAUUAAAAGGACCUAUACCACUGGAUCAGCUGCUUCCCAUUCGAGGAAGACCAAGAGGUGGACACUGUCAUCCUUGAAGGCUCGAUAGCCUGUCAAAGAUAUCAGACACAGCUGAAAUGUAAAGCACGGAAGAUCCCAGAGGGUGCAUGGAAACAAAGCUGUAGUCUCCUAUCAGAGAGAUGUAGAAAUGAGGGGACUUUCUCUUACACCCCUCUUGUGUUAGAUACAGAUGUGCAUUCAUCUGACUCUAAAAUUAAAAUGAAGAAUAAAAGAUGCAAGAAAGCUCGGCCUAAAAAGCUAAAGAGCUUCAUCCCCAUGGCCAAACAGGAAACAUCCCCUGCCGAGGUGCUUAAAACACAUGAGAAAAAAAUCCUCCUGGUUGGAAAACCUGGAAUUGGAAAAACAACAGUCGCCCAUCAAAUGUUGAACCUCUGGGCAGAGAAAGAUCACAGAGAACUAGAUUACAUGUUCUAUUUUGAGGUGAGAGACAUUUCACACAGAAAACCCAUGAGCCUGGAGGAUCUUCUCUUUAACAUGUACAGUGAGCCAAAAGAAAGCAAAGAAGAAGUGUUACAGGAUAUUAAGAAGAACUCUGAAAAUGUUGUCAUUAUAUUUGAUGGAAUCACAGACCUCUCCUCUCUGUCGGUGGUAAAGAACCUUGUGGAGAACCUCCUCCCGGAUGCAAAGAUUGUGACCACAUGCAGACCAGAUCAAUCUGAAGACUUCCUGACAGACUGGCCCGUAGACUGGUUCAGAGUGGAGGUGAAAGGGUUCAGUGAUGAAUCCAUCAGGGCUUACUUAACACAGAUGCUGAGUGCUGAGCCUGACUCCUUGAGCAGUGUGUUAAACAACCUAGAGUUGUUCAGUCUGUGUCAUGUCCCAAUGUAUGCACUGAUGGUGGUUGCCUGCAUUUAUUUCCCUACCUCAGAGGCUUCUAAACAGACAUGCACUAUAACUGGAAUGUACAGCAACAUCCUCCGUCACUGCAUCCAAAAACACAGUGGCAAACGACUUAAGGAUAUCAACAAUUGUCUCAAAGAAAACAGAGAGAAAAUAUUGUCUUUGGCAGAAAUUGCUUUUGAUGCAACAAAUGAAAAAAACAUGAACUUGACAACACUGAGUUGUGAAGAAAGCAGUAUCCAUUUUGCAUUCUUGGGGGCAUUUAUGGUUAAGGUUGCACCCACAGCAUCAGACACUUACUCUGCAUUUCUCCACUACACAAUGCAGGAGUUCUUUGCUGCCCUUUGGCUCUUACAGAAUCCAGACAAAAUCAGAGAGGUUCUAGAGAAGUGCAAGACUGAAGAAUGGAAACACACAAAACACUUGAUUCCUUUCCUGUGUGGGCUUCUGAAUGAGAGGAAUAUUAGAUUGGUAAACAGUCUAGUUCCAGCUCAACAGAUCAAGAAGACGUCAGAUUGGUUCUUCAAGGAAGUUGUGAACACAUUUCUUCCAUCUCAAACAAACCAAGAUGAUGCAGAAGGUGGGGCUCCUGAGUCUGAGAUAGAUCUUCUGUUUUUGUGUCAGUGCUUGUAUGAAUAUCAGUCUACUGAGGCCUGUCUGCUUCUCCUGGACAAACUGGACUAUCAUCUAGACCUGAGUAGAGAACAUCUUGAUCCUCACCAGUGCUGUACAGUCUCUUAUGUCACCAGUCAGUCUGCAGAGAGAAAGGUUGGCUUGGACCUGAACGGCUGCACUGUGUCAGACCAAGGAGUAAGGCUGAUACUGGGCUCUCUGAAGAAUGUCAGACAUCUUGGUUAAGGUUAUUAUCUGUGUUCAAACUAACCUAGUCAAAUAAAGAUUGGUAAUCACCAUUCAUGCAACUACUUUAAUUCCUUGUUUGUCACAUCUGUAUCAGAGCUGAUACCAUUUGAGGUCAGGAUACAUCUCUCUGUAAAUGUAAAAACUGUCUCAAGACUUUUCCCUACUGAUUAAAUCAACCCCAUAUCCCUGCAAAUAAGUUAUCUUGAGGAAUGCAACAUUCACUGGUAUUAUCAGCCAUUUUACUGAGUUAGUUGUCAAGAUGACAAAAUGCUCAUGCUACUUCCGAAAAUGUAUGAUUUGAAUGUCACGACUUCUGCCGAAGUCGAUACCUCUCCUUGUUCGGGCGGUGUUCGGUGUUCGAAG